GGAGAGAGAGAGAGCAAGGUGUAGAGAGACUCACACACCACCACCAUUAGACACCUGUCAGUGCAGGUGGAGACUAACUACUGAAUAUCUGAACCUGGAGAUUUCACCGGAGGGCUCCUCUUUGACUCUUUGGACUGUUUUUCUUUUUUCUUUUUUUUUUAACAAUUAAGACUUUGUAGAUUUAUGUUUUUGAAAUAUUUGGGUUUUUGGACAUUACUGAACUUUAAUUUGAAGAUUUGCUCUUUGCUGCAGCCAGCAGUUGAUGUAGUCAAUGGUUACUGAAUCCCGAUAUUCAAGUAUGUUCUAAGGAGUAAAAACUGCUGUAGGAGGAAAACGUUUCUUCUAAGACUUUCGUUCUGAGCGUUCAUCACAGCCUGAAGGAGUUUGUUGUCAACACGGCUGUUUCCGAGACACCCAACUUCAAAUAAGCUGCAAGAACAUGGCAGACUUCCCGUCCAAAGUUACCACAGAGACCAGCUCCCCCAACUCCCAGAGCUCUCAGCAGGGGGGCAACAGCCUCCGAGGGCUGACCGCUAAUGUCACCACCAUGAUGGACAUGUCGUUUAUCCGAAGUAUCCCAGCCAUCCUCAUGAUUGCUGAAAUAUUUCUAGGUCUGCUCCAUUGGGCAUUGAUAGCCAGAACUCAACCCUAUACGGGGGCGCCGGCAUAUGGCUGGGUGAUGUUUGUGGCAGUCACCCUGUGGAUCCUCACCACCAUCCUCUUCUUCAUGAUCCUGUUCAGCGUCCAGCGAAAACUCACUUCUGUCCCCUGGCCUCUGACAGUGAUGGCAUAUAACGGCAUAGCCACGGUCCUCUAUCUAACUGCCUUCCUGACCAACGCAGCAUCUGUCCACCCUUACCGCUUUCAGUACUUCUACGGACAUAUGGCAGCCGCUGCAUUCUUCGGUGCUGCGGUGACCCUGGCGUACGGUGCCAGUGCUUUCUUCUCCUAUUUGGACUGGAAGGGAGAUGGAGGAAAUGCUGCCACCAGCACGGUGCCGACCUAGGACUAGAACAUGUGAUGCUGCUUUGGGAAAAGUUUGUUUUCUUUCCCUCAAGAUACUGUAGUUAUUUGGAUAGUCUAGUGUCACUUGACUAUUACUGCUGACUCUGGUAACCCAAACCCUGACCUCAGCCUCACCCCAGUAUUAACAAUAAGAUGAAAUCUAAUCCAGACAGAAGAUAUCCACACAUUACUUUUCUGUAAAACUCAAGAGACUUUUACCUUCACAUUAUGGAAAUAAGUUGAAUAUCAACACUGGGUUAUCCACAUAAAUGUGAAUAUUGAUACUGUAUCUCAGCAACACAAUAUCAACAUAAUACUUCUUUGAAGGGGAUCUGAUGGACUGCACUGAGGCCUCACAUUCAGGCCUUCCUAAAAUAAUAUAUUUCAUAACACUAUUGUAAAUAGUAUUAAUAAUAGUAAUUAGUAAUUAGUAUAUUAGUAUCAGAAGUAGUAUAGUAAAUAGUUCAGUAAGUAGUACAUGUGUUCAUUUUCACAGAGAAUGUUAAUAUCAGAGAAUGUUGUAAAAUAUACAAAUGUUUUACACAAUGGGACCAACUUUGAUAUGACAUUAGUUUUGGCAAAAUUACCUCAUGUCUAUAAACAGGAAACAGCAUGCAUGCAAGGUCUUUUCAUAUGUCUGAGUUUAAAACUUGCAUAAUAAUCUUUCAGAUUUACUUGCCUAAAGUAGGACUUAACUUAAAUUUGCAGUGUAAAGCAUUUUGAAUAUAUGUAGGUUUCAAAGACAACACAAUAUUUCAAUUUUAAACCAGUGGACAUAGUUAAAAUUACUAGAAACAAAAUAGAAUCACCGGGGACAAACUUUGUAACUACUACUACUACUUUUGUGGCAAUAAUUAUUUUUGCUUCACAGCAAUAAAAGGGGAAAAAAACAUGAUGUGGCCUUGGACAGUCAGUGACAUAUAAAUCAGAUUUGCAUCAUGAAAUGGAAAAUGACUCUGCCCCUUUGUGAAUGUGGGGCUUGAGAGGACAAUCUAACAAGUUCCUGGUUACAAGAACUUACUACAAUCUUUGACACCAAAAACUUUCAUUUUAAACAUACCUUGUGUGGACUAGGGAGUGUAUUAUGUCUAAGGUUGGAAACAUAACUAUUCAAAGUUUGUUUUGUAUUUUUUGUUUACAGAGUAUGAUGUUGCUCUCAUAAACUGACAUGGUAAUGGAGGAGGGUGUGAGGAAUGAGUGUUUCCGUAGUAUCUGUCCAGCAGAAAUCUGUUUUGAUUUCCUCUAUUGAUUAUCCAGACUAUAAUCAUGCGCUCAGAUAGAACCCAAAUAAUUUCACUGAGGAAGCCGAAAUGAUGAUGAAAAUAAAAAUAUACAUACAUAGAUUGCAAAAUAUACAGUGUGAAUCAAACAUUUCUUGAAGCUGGCAGUGUUUCUGCAGGACAUUAUUGACUCCUUUAAUGAUUCAAAUGUUAGUCCACUAGCGACUCGUAGAGUUGUGGAAAAAGUGUGCAACAUAUUUUUCUGAUUCAUAUCACACACUGCUCAACUCCUGUUGUACUGUAUGUACCUUUAUGAAAUAUAUUGUGUUUUUGUACCAAGAGUUUGAAUACUAGUGAAAUUCUGUUGUUAGUGCUAAACCAAGCACUUAUGUUCUAAUAAAGCACUUGGUGAUUUCA